AUGCUGCAGAAGUCGCUCCUGUCCGUCGCCGCGGGGGUGGGCGCGGUGGCCUUCCCCCAUCGCGCCGAUCUGGUGGGCGCGGUGGGGGAGACGACCGGGUGGUACGCGCUCCGACGCAUGCGCGACCGCAUGCGACGCGACCCCACCGGCCGCGACAUCCUACGCCGGCGCCCCCGCAUCACCGACGACUUCCUGGAGCGGUGCCACGCCCUGCCCGAGGGCACGUUCGGGGGCGCCUACGCGAAGUUCAUGGGGAGGAGAAAGUUCAACCCCAACGACAGGCCGCCGGUGCGGUUCGUCGACGACGAGGAGCUCGCGUACGUGGCGACGAGGUCGAGGGAGGUCCACGACCUGUGGCACGUGCUGUUCCAGUGCCCCACGACGGUUCAGGGCGAGCUCGCGCUCAAGGCGCUGGAGUUUGCGCAGACGGGUCUGCCGAUGGCGGCGCUGGGAGCGGCGUUUGCGCCCAUCCUGCUCGAGACGAGUAAGCGAGAGUUCCUGUUCAACGAGAUGUACCCGUGGGCGAGGCGCGCGGGGGCGAGGGCGGCGGAUCUGAUGUGUCUGGAUUACGAGAACGAGAUCGGGACGGACCUGGCGGAGCUGAGGCACAAGUGGCGGAUAACGCCGGCGCCGAAGCAGCCGAAGCGCCCGAGGGCGAACACCGACGAGGACAAGGACGAGUCGACGUAG